UAACCUCACUUUCCGUUCCAGUUUAUUUAUCUUUCCUCUUCUGCUUGCAGUUCAACUUCUAUUUCAUUCUCUCUUUUUUCCUACAAAUUUUGUGUUUUACCCGGGAGUCUACAAUGCCAGACUAUCUAGGAGAUGAUAUGCGCAAAACCAAAGAGGAUGAAAAAGAUCCUCAGGAGAAAGAAGUCAAAUCCUUGGAUGAAGGAGACAUUGCUUUACUAAAAACAUAUGGUCAAGGCCAGUACACAAAAAGCAUCAAGGCAGUGGAGGAUGAUAUUCAAACCAUCAUCAAGAGAGUCAAUGAGCUGAGUGGUAUCAAAGAGUCAGACACAGGGCUUGCUCCCCCUGCACUCUGGGAUUUAGCAGCAGACAAAACAAUCCUCCAAAGUGAACAGCCUUUACAGGUUGCCAGAUGUACCAAAAUUUUCAAUGUGGAUUCAGAUGACUUGAAGUAUGUCAUCAAUGUCAAGCAAUUUGCGAAGUUUGUUGUUGAUCUGGCGGAUUCUGUUGCUCCUACAGAUAUUGAAGAAGGCAUGAGAGUAGGAGUGGAUCGUAACAAAUAUCAAAUCCACAUUCCUCUGCCUCCAAAGAUUGAUGCCACUGUCACUAUGAUGCAAGUUGAAGAAAAGCCAGAUGUCACUUACAAUGAUGUUGGAAGUUGCAAAGAGCAAAUUGAAAAGCUACGUGAAGUUGUAGAAACUCCACUUCUCCAUCCCGAAAAAUUUGUAAACCUAGGUAUUGAGCCACCAAAGGGUGUCUUGCUGUUUGGACCUCCUGGAACCGGCAAAACUCUUUGUGCUCGUGCUGUCGCGAAUCGGACUGAUGCUUGCUUCAUUCGAGUUAUCGGUUCAGAAUUAGUCCAAAAAUAUGUUGGAGAGGGAGCUAGAAUGGUCCGUGAACUUUUUGAAAUGGCUCGGAGUAAGAAAGCUUGUCUCAUUUUCUUUGAUGAAAUUGAUGCAAUUGGUGGUGCUCGGUUCGAUGAUGGCGCAGGUGGAGAUAAUGAAGUUCAGAGAACAAUGUUGGAACUUAUUAAUCAACUAGAUGGGUUUGAUCCAAGAGGAAAUAUCAAGGUUUUAAUGGCAACCAACCGCCCUGACACAUUAGACCCUGCAUUAUUGCGACCUGGUCGUCUGGAUCGUAAAGUCGAAUUCGGUUUACCUGAUCUAGAGGGUCGGACCCACAUUUUCAAAAUUCAUGCUCGAUCUAUGAGCGUAGAGAAGGAUAUUCGUUUUGAACUACUAGCUCGUCUUUGCCCGAACAGCACAGGUGCUGAAAUUCGGUCUGUGUGUACUGAAGCAGGAAUGUUUGCCAUCAGAGCAAGACGAAAAGUAGCAACAGAAAAAGACUUUUUGGAAGCUGUAAAUAAAGUCAUCAAGUCCUAUGCUAAGUUCUCCUCAACGCCUCGUUAUAUGACUUAUAAUUAGUGAAACUAUUAACAAAUUAUCUUUUGUAAGUAAAUUUUUGCCCUUACUAAUUUUUAAAUUUUAUUGUCUCGGCAUUUUUCCUCAUAUGAUGCUGACUUCUUCAUAUAUCGUACUAAAUUUAAUGCAGAUGCACUCUUUUUGUAUGUGUUUUUUUGUAAAAAAAUGAACAUAAAUAAAAUCGUUCCGCAAGGUAACGGUAAACUUCAUCAAAAUA